CAGGGCUGGUGCAGGCAGGGCUGGUGCAGGCAGGGCUCGGGGCAGCCCCUGUCCCCACGUGACGCCCGCGCCGCGCGGGGGCGGCUCCGGUUCAUUCAUAAAUCCCGGGGCCGCCCCGCCGCACCGAGCGCAGCGGCGGCGGCGAUGGAGCCCCGGUCCCGGUUGUAGCUCCGCACCGCGGUGCCGGGCAGGGCCCGGGGCCGGGCAGGACCCACCGCCGCCGUCCCCGGCCCGGCCCCGGCACCCCCCCCUCUGUCUCCCCCCGCCCCAGGACGCGCUCCGGCCGGGACGGACCAUGAGCGAUGACCCGACACCCUGGGACAACGCGACGGAGAGCGCCACGGCGGUGCCUGGCGAGGUGUCCCCCCAGGAUGGCUACGUGCUGCUCCUCGCCUUGCUCUCCAUCUUCAUCGGGGGCACGCUGGUCCUGCUCUCUGGCAUCCUGAUUGUCUGCCGCCGGUGCUGCGAGGCUGACCGCCGGCACUCCAGAGCCAGCGAUGACCCCGAGAAAACCAACACCACCUACCUGGACGACUCGCAGCCAGCCCAGGAUAUCACCAUUAAAGUGGAGGACCCUGACUGCCUGUCAUCCUCCAGCUACCGGGAUGCGGAGAACGAGCGGUUCCUUUCCUCCAGCUCCUCCACCGCCCGCCGCGUCUCCUUCAACGAGGCCGCGCUCUUUGACCAGGGCAAAAAGACCCAGGAGAAGGGGAGGAGGUACACGCUGACAGAGGGGGACUUCCACCACUUGAAGAACGCCCGCCUGACCCACCUGCACCUCCCGCCGCCCGCCCUCAAGAUUGUCACCAUCCACGAGUGCGAGUCCAGCGAGAACAGCCUGGCCAUGACCCCCCGCCUGCCCCCGCCCAAGCCUGGCCUCGCCAUCUUCCAGCCCCCCGCGGGGGCCCUGCCCCAGCCGGCGAUCCCCAGCCAUGCCGUGUGCCCCAGCUCUGCCCUGCCUGGGGACACCUACAACUCCACCGUGGACACCAGCUUCACCGAGGCCAGCCCGUCCGCCUCCUCCGACUCUGGGGAGGGCCCCUCGUUCGCAGCAGCGCCCAGGAGCGGGAAGGCGGCUGGGGUGGGCAGCGCCGGCCCUGGGGAGCCCCCCCCGGCCCCCGCGCAGGGCACGGUCCUGCAGUUCUUCACCCGCCUGCGCCGCCACGCCAGCCUGGACGGGGCCAGCCCCUACUUCAAGAUCAAGAAGUGGAAGCUGGAGAGCACCCAGCGGGCGUCCAGCCUGGACACGAGAGGGUCCCCCAAGAGGCGGCAGUUCCAGCGUCAGCGGGCGGCCAGCGAGAGCAUGGACCAGGAGGACCGGGACCCCCACCAGACCGACAUCAUCCAGUACAUCGCCCGCACGGACGACGUGGCCUUCCACCCCGCGGGCGGCCCCUUCCUGCCCUCCCCCGCCAGCCCCCCACCCUCUCUCGGCAGGCUAGAGCCGGGUGAGGGGGGCGCGGGCAGCCCCGGCGAAGCCGGCGUCCCGGAGCAGCCCAGCGCCUACCACGACAUCUGGAGCCUGCGCGCCUCGCUGGAGCUGUACGCCUCCUCCGAGCGGAGCAACGACCAGGACUCGGUGCGCAGCGACGGCGGGGACAGCGUCUCCUCCGCCGGCGGCAUGCCCCCCUGCCCUUCCUCCUCCCUGGACGAGGCCGAAGGCCCCGAGGAGAAGCUCUGGGGUCGCCCCAAGCCGGAGGAGUCGGAGUCCGGCACGCGCAAGCUGCUGCAGAUGGACAGCGGCUACGCCUCCAUCGAGGCGCCCAGCCGGGGGGGCGAGGAGGGACCCCCCAAGGACCAGACGGCCUCGGAGAAGCGCAUUUGCUUCACCAGCGCGGGGCGGAAAGGUACCAUCUUCGAAAGCUUCGAGGGCCGGGAGCCGGAGGAAGAAGAGGAGGAGGAGGAAGAAGAGGAGGAGGAGGAGGAAGAGGAGGGGAGCAUGGCCCGGGGCGCAGCGGGUGGGGGUCCUCCCCAUCCCCACAGCCCCCUGGCCUGGUCCCCGUACGGGCAAAUGUUCCCGGGGCGGGACGCGCCGCCCCGGCGGGACUACAGCAUCGACGAGAAGACGGACGCCCUGUUCAACGCCUUCGUGCGCCACGACCCCCAGUUCGACGAGUCGCCGCUGCGGGGGAAGCACCGCUCCCGCACCCACCUCCGCAAGCAGUGGCAGCACGCCAAGCAGUACAGCGACCCCGGCGUGCGCUACCCGGCGCUGGAGCGGCACCGCACGCCCCUGCGCCGGGGGGACAGUGCCAAUUACCCCCUGGACGCCCGCUUCCACAGCCCCCUGCCCCGCAUCGUCAGCGCCGGCGACGAGGAGGCGGCGGAGGCGGCCGACGGGGUUCCCCCCGCCCCGGCGCUUCCCGACCCCGAGAUCCAGGUGAUCGUGGAGGAGCCCGGAGAAGUGGCCCCUGAGCCCAAGGCUGGCUCCGAGCCCCCCGGGGACGAUGCCUGCCCCGGCCCCGGGAGGUGCCUGGGGCUGGGCUCCGGUUCGGACCUGAUGGACAAGAUUGCCGGCGGCCUCGAGGAGCGGCUCUACGGGCACUUGAGGAAAACGGGAGAGAGCACGGAGCGCACGGUGGCCGUGGCGGCCAGCGAUGCCCCCCCCGACCACAGCCCUGUCUAGGCCCAGCGCGAGGGGGAGAGACCCCGGCACAGGGAUUCGGGGGCUCCAUCCCCUCCUGCUGCCGGCGUGGGCACCGGUGCGGUGCCCGGCGCCCGGCGGGAAGGGUGGCCCUGGCAGGGGAAGGCCAGGAGGGCGCGUGGGGUCCCCUGGCUGUGUAUCCCCCCCCCCUCCCCACCGCAGAGGUCCUGCAGCGUGGGGUGGCCGAGCCCCCUCGCUCCCGGGAGCGAGGUGCCAGGCGGCAGCGGAGGGUCCGGGCUGGGGGUGCCCGGAGCGGGAGGGUUGGGGCACAGAGGUGGAGCGGAGCGUUGGCCGGGAGGUCAGCGAUGAGGGACUUUGCGAAUAAACCCCCAAACCCA